ACUUGGGGGAGCCCUGUUUGAUUGACCUUUUUGGGGGCGACGGCCAGCGCCACACCUUCUUCCUCCCUUCUCCUGUCCUCCUCCUCCUCCUCCUCGUCUGCUUCAUAUCACAACUUACCGCGCAAUCUGAUGUGCUCCUCCUUUGCACUAUUUACACGUGCAGCUGGACGCUCAUCAUUGAUCUCCCCCCUCGUCUCGUUCUUUCGUCCUUCUGACUUUCUUGAUCUCAUUCGACGUCCAGCUUUGUUCCCUCGACAUUAAUCCAACACCCGCGACCAAAUCCCCCUCCAGUGUCUGCUACCGAGUUCAGCAUCCACCAUGUUGAUCAAUCCGGGCAUAGUGUUCCUCUUGAUCUCCGCCGGGCUCGUCACGACGGCCAUCAUCGUCCAUGUCUCGAGCACAAGACUCUCCCUCCCCAUCGCACCCUUCUUGUCUUUUCUCCCCAUCCUGUUACCCGUUUUCGGCACCAUAAACGCCUUCUACUACCCACGCCUCCUCUUCAAAGCCCGACACUCCAUGGCCGCUCGCACCGAACAGCUCUUCCCGACAAUUAUACAGGCUCUGCAGGGCAUCCUGACCACAGCCAUCGCCGUCCUCUUGUUGCAGUCCGCCAUUCCCCACGAUACCCUCAACUGCGCCCUCUCUACCGCCUGGCAGCGCAUGUUUGCCGCCAAGGACGCCUCCUCUAUCCGCCGCAUCCAGGACAGCCUCGAUUGCUGCGGCAUGAACAGCGUCAAAGACCGUGCCUGGCCCUUCACCGGUAACAUACAGUGCGCCCAACGCUUCGGUCGCGACACCUCUUGUGUCGGCCCGUGGCGCGAUGCCACCUUGACCAACUCGGCCAUUGAUCUGGCCGUCGUACUCGCCGUCGGCGUUUUGCAGGUUCUCACCUUGCUCUUCAUGCAGAGCGCCAGCAACUGGAGACAUGCCUGGUGGGCGCAGAGCUGGAGCCGCCUGUCUGAUCGCCCUAUCGAGGAGCGCGAGCGUACUCGUCCUCUCCUCACGGGUUCCGCCGCAUCUCCUGCUGUCAACGCUGCCAGCCCUGCCAACGACAGCGGCGAAGAGUCGGAUCUGCCCGUCACCUACAGCGACCUCAACCCGCACUACGGUACCACCGGCGACGGUCGUCGGGGUUGGACACGCACCGGUACCAGUCGCAUUGAGCCCUCGUCGCUGCGGAACGAAUGGGACGGCGAGUGAGCCUAUCUUCGCGCGCAACUGGUGCGGCGACGUUUGACUGCGCUGCGCUGCCCUGCGGUACUGCACGACAUGACGACGAGACGACAAGACUUGGAACUGUUUGGGCAUUGCGAGCGAGAAUAUAUAUCUAUCCCGGGUGGUCUGAUUGGCUGUUUUGAGUUUUGUUCUUGGUGACGGAGUUUGAGAGGAAUCGGCAAGGCUUGGGAGAGGCUCUCUGGUACUGGUAGAUUGUUUCUGAGGCUAAAAUCAGUAUCCGCGUUUCCCGUUUCCGUCUUGCUGUUUCCCGUCCUCGAAUAUCGUUCUCGGUGAUAUCUCACUACUCUCUCAUUAAUCGGCCG